CAUUCCUCAGCUUCAGAAUGGGAUUGCUUCACUAAGUCCUGACAGCCCCUGUGGUUCCUGCAUACCUAUUAGUGCACAGACUGGUACAGUUCCGCCUGCCAGGUGGAAAUACCAGCAGCAUUUUGACAGAAAAAGAAAGUGCAGAUACAGGAUCAUAUCAGACUGGUUGGAAAUCAUUUGAGCUCAGAAUGAUGCGAGGAGUCUGCUUGGGAUUUUUAGACGUACCGCUGGUCUUCCUCCUGCUGGGCUCCGUCACAGGCCUGCUGCAGACGGAUCACCGCAGAGAUGCAGAGGAUGGCCAGGAGCGCAACAAGGCCAUUUUGGAAAUGCUACAUAUCAAUAAAGUGUCUGCGAGCCAUCAGGCUAAGCCACAUCCCUACAUGAGAGGGAUCUAUCAGCGUCUGGACUCACUGGAGGCUCAAGACUUUGGGACUUCAGAUGGAACGCUGGUGCAGAGUUUUCGGAGUGUUGUUGGUCCACAUCAGGCCCCUGCAGGAUGGAUCUGGUUCAAUGUCAGCAGCCUGAACCCCUCCAUGCUGGGUGCAGAGCUGGUUCUGUUCAGGAAAACCCUGCACCCCCGUCCCAUCAGCGUGACCGUCACCCUGCACAGUGUCACAGCUUCACAGGGGGCCCUGAAGGAAAGUCCUGCCCUCGAGGAGAGACUGCUGACCCUGGACCAGCGGUCCUCAUCUGGAUAUGAUGUGUUUGAUGUGUCAGCUGUUCUACCUGUGAAGCCUCUGGAGGUGCUGGGUUUCCAGCUGCGUUACACAGACGAGAGUGGGAGUCUGGUCCUUCAUGAAGCCCUGACACAGAGUCUUUACUGUCUGAACAGAGGCUCCCUGAGUGAACCCUUACUGGUGCUGUACCAGUCACACCCCCUCCACAUCUAACUCUGGAUCCACUAUUAGUGGGAAGAUGAUCACCUGUUGUUUUUUAUUAAAACAUAUCUAAUCCACCUCUGAUAUGGUGGAUAUAUUAUGCACAAUGAUUCAGCACAGAAUUGACAAGCGGGUGAGGACAUGAUGUAAUAAUGUCACGGUUAAAGUGUUGUAACUUUGAGAUGCACAAAACCUUAACAAAAACAAAACCAUAGAAAUAGCCUUUCUUUUUUUAUAUAUGUAUAUAUCUAUAUUUUUCUUUCAUGUGCAGUCUAGGCAUGUGUGCAUAUCCUUCAGAAAAUGUAGCCAGUAAUAAACAGUAAGAGUGAUGUACUUUUAUUAUCCUGAUCAUUAUUUUGGAAAAAAAAAACAAAACUAAACUGUACUAGAACUUCAUAGUUACCAUCUUUUAUUUUGAAAGUUUCCACCGGAAGUGUCAGUACUGUUAUGUCUGACUUGAUUGAGAUGUCAGUGUGUUGAUCAUGGGAGCUCACUGCCCUCCAGUGGACACAGUGAGUAACUGUAACACCACAUUG